AGCCAGAAGCAGAACCAGGAUAGAAGGGCGUUGUUAAUGCCACAUGCGAUGCCGAAUGGCUAUAAACGGGGGCUAGCGCCCAGGUGGGUGGCAAUGGUGGUGGCAGCGGUGGAGGCUGGUGCCCAGUGGGUGGCGACUCCCCCAAGGGCACGCCGACCACAGCUGGGUGGUGGCGUAAGUGUUGCUGCGACCUGUGCCAUUCUAAUCUGGCGAAUUUCGCGAUUCCAGUGUCUGUUCUGUUACUGCCGUCGCCAUAGCCGUGAUUCACCAUUGUCCAGUUCCAGUUCCAGAAGUAUUGACCCAACGCGUGAGAUCAGCCAGCGCCAAGAUAAAAUGCAGAACCAGCCCAGCCCACAGUUGCCAUGCAAGGGCAUUUUAAAGACUUCUCGCAGCUUCGACAAGUCGGGCGCCAGUUUUCGCAAAAGUGCCAAGUUCGAUGAGCUGAACGUGCUGCAGACGUUCCAUCCGGCGGACAAGGACUACGGACAUAUGAAAAUCGAUGAGCCAAAAACCCCAUACUACGAAGAAACCAGAGACGAACUCGACACAGAACUCCUAGUGGAGAAACUUCGCAUAGCGGCCAGCACACAACAGUCUUCCGAGAGCAUUGAGGACGAGGGUUCUUCCGACGACGAUCUUCCCAUGAACGAGGAGGAGAGACAACGGCGCCGUGAAUUUGAGCGGCGUCGCAAGGCCCAUUAUCGUGAAUUCGAGGCGGUAAAGUUGGCUCGAAAGCUGAUACAGGAGGAAGACGACGACGACGAUGAUGAUGACAAGAAUGCCGCCGGCACAUCGGACAGCAGACCGUCGGGUUCCCAGACAGGCUCUUCCACCUCCAGCCGCUAUGCAAGCAGUUCGGCGAAAAAGUCCAGUCCAAAAGCAACUAAAUCCCCGUCUACCAGCAGCAACAUGGACCUGGAGCCAUCGAACAACUAGGAGCAAUAUCAAUUAAUCAAUCAUCAAUCACUAAUGUUUACCUAGCCAACGGCCCAGGCCGAAGUUGACGUUCAAUAUUAAUGGCUGCCGCUCAUCAUAAAACAAAAAAAAAACAAAAAGAAAACAAAAAGAAAACAUUUAAGUGAAAAAAAGGAAACGAAAUUAUUAUAUCAAGUGCUGUGGCCCCCCAGAGUGAGAAGUGUGACGUACAUGAGAUCGAGUACGACGAUAAGGAGUAGGAGUAGGAGUAGGAGUAGGAGAAGGGCUAACGUUAGCACUCGUGAUUAAUUGAAUUUACUUAUUGCAUUGCAAAACCAACAACCAAACCGUCGCGAAAUGUUUGUCAUCAAGUAAAUCACACACACACACACCAACACUCGCACACACCACAAAUCAAUGGAAUUGUUGCCACGUGAUCGAUGAUUAUUGAACGAGAGCAAAUAUAAUCAUCGCAUCAGGCCCAACAGGCCUCGCGCUGCUGUUGCUGCUGAUGCACCAAUUAAAA